CUCCGGUGCGCACCACGCUGGAGUCCGGGCUGUUGGUUGUCCCCGGAGCUUUUGGACCGCUCAGCUCUGAGGACGUGGAAAAGUUACAGUUUGGAUGUGAAACUGUUCUAGCCCAGUUUUGAGAAGACUGUAGAAAUCCAAGUUGGUUCCAAUGGCCUACCUUGUAAAACUCUUCAGAGCCACAGAUUCUAUUUUGUAAAAACAAGGGAGGUGUCAGAACUUUCUGUUUGGAUCAACUACUUCAAGUUCUUGGCAUGGAAAAUUCAGCAAAAACAGAAGUGGUUCUCCUUGCCUGCGGCUCCUUCAACCCGAUUACCAACAUGCACCUCAGGUUGUUUGAGCUCGCGAAGGACUACAUGAAUGGGACAGGGAAAUACAGAGUCAUCAAAGGCAUCAUUUCUCCAGUCAGUGACGCCUACAAGAAGAAAGGACUCAUCUCAGCACGUCACCGAGUCAUCAUGGCAGAACUCGCCACCAAGAGCUCGACCUGGGUGGAAGUGGACACGUGGGAGAGUCUUCAGAAGGAGUGGACGGAGACGGCCAAAGUGCUCAGACACCAUCAAGAGAAACUGGAGGCCAGUAAUGGUGGUCACCAGCACAACUCACCUGUGCUGGAGAGGCCUGGACGGAAGAGGAAAUGGACUGAACAGAGACAAGAAUUGAGCCAAAAGAAACCCCUCGAGCCCCAAACGAAAGGUGGGCCAAAAGUGAAGCUGCUGUGUGGCGCAGAUUUACUGGAGUCCUUCGGUGUCCCCAACCUGUGGAAGAGUGAGGACAUCGCCCAGAUCGUGGGGCAGUAUGGGCUCGUCUGUGUCACCCGGGCUGGGAACGACGCUCAGAAGUUCAUCUAUGAGUCGGACAUGCUGUGGCAGCACCAGAGCAACAUCCACCUGGUGACUGAGUGGGUCACCAACGACAUCUCGUCCACGAAGGUCCGGCAGGCCCUCCGCAGGGGCCAGAGCAUUCGCUACCUGGUGCCGGACCUGGUCCGGGAGUACAUUGAAGAGCACGGACUGUACAGCGCCGAGACCGAGGAGCGCAACGCCGGGGUCACCUUGGCCCCGCUGCGGAGGAACACGGCGGACGCCAGCGCCUGAGCAGCAGCUGGCUCCUGGGACCCACGUCCCUGGGGCGCCCGAGGUCAUCGGCGUGGAACCUGAGGAACAGAGCUGGGCCCUUUCCGAAACUCCAGCGAAAUCGCUUGGUAAUAGUCGGUAUUAGGUUAGAACCAGGUUUAUUUUUUUCCUUUGUAUCAGAAGCUGCUCAGAUAAAUGUUGCCCUGUGAUUUCUUCUUUCCCUAAGGACAUACAAAUCCCUUUAUCUUUGAUGAACAGCACUAAAACCAGACAGAUACUCCAACAAGCUAGCUACACAUCACAAGCCCACAAGGACAUCUUGACUUUACCAGUAAGGGAGGCCAAGUAUGAAAAGCACGAAUUCAGAGAAAAGGGGAAAAGAGUUCAAAGAAAAGGUGAAUCACAGGCCUCACGCCACUCACAGCCUCACGUCACUCACAGCCUCACGCCACCCACGGCCAGCUCAGUGCCAGCCUCAAGAUCACAUAUGGUUUGCUGCUGAUUAAAAUUUUGUGGAAGUUUUACCAACCGGCAAAGCUGAGAAACCAGAAAUAGUUCUUUACGGGAUAGGUUUAGUGGUUUGUGAAAGUGUUCUGAUAGAAAUGGGGCUGCAUGAAACUUCUAAUAAAAAUAGACGAAUAUAUCUUUUUACAAUAUACAAUGACUGCACCACUCUGGAUGACUGUUUUUCAUUGUGCAGUUGCAUGGUCAGGUUUGAACCCACAGACUAGGAAUGGGGAUUCCAGACAAGGGUCCACGGACCCCAGGGAGCGCCAGCGCCCAUCCUGCCCCUGCCACGUCCCAGCUCUGAGCGGGCACCAGGGUAGCACCUCAGACCAGCCCGCCCCCUUAAGCUUUUUGGAGGUAAAGUGUUAGAACAGUGUUGAAAAGAGCACUCUAGAUGAAGUCCCCGACUUUGAUUCUUUUCUCCCAGGAAAUUGCCUCAUUCCUCUGAAGAGCUGAGUGACCCACAGAAUGAUCCCACUCUGGAAACGUCUCUCAC